AUACUGGCCAGUUCUUUCUCCCCUGAAAAGCUCUCUCCGUCUUCACUUUUAUCAUGGGUGCUAUCUACAUCUACAUCUACAUAUACACACGCACAUGUAGAGCGUGAAAGUCAGUAUCUUCGUUCUUAAGAGUCGUCUUCUCUCUUUUCCGAUUCUCUGGAGACUCGGUUUCUCUCGUUCUUCAGUCUUCUCUUCGCUGCAGAUUCACAGUUGAAUCUCUGGAUUUGCAUUUGCAGACGCCGCCAUGGCGCAGAUUCUCCUCCAUGGAACUCUCCACGCCACCAUCUACGAUGUCGACAAGCUCCACGGCACCUCCGGCGGCAAUUUCUUGCACAAAGUUGUGGAGCACGUUGGGGAAGCUUUGGGAUCCAAAAAGAGCGCUUCCAAACUCUAUGCCACCAUAGAUUUAGAGAGAGCCAGAGUUGGCCGAACCAGACUCUUAGAAAACGAUCCAAAUCCCCAGUGGUACGAGUCUUUCCACAUUUACUGCGCCCACAUGGCUUCUAGGGUAGUCUUCUCCAUCAAAGGCGAUAAUCCCAUCGGAGCAGUACUGAUCGGAAGAGCUUACAUCUCUGUCAAAGAACUCCUUAAUGGAGAAGAAGUGGAUAGAUUGCUUGAGAUUGUGAACAAAGAUGGUAAACCCAUUCAUGGUCAUUCAAAGCUCCAUGUGAAGGUCCAGUUUCUUGAUGUUAGUAAAGAGCUGAAUUGGGCUCGUGGGAUUAGAAGUCCAAAGUUUCCCGGCGUGCCUUUCACCUUCUUCACGCAGAGAAAUGGUUGCAGAGUUACACUCUAUCAAGAUGCUCACAUUCCAGACAAAUUCAUACCCCCAAUUCCUCUUUCUGGGGGGAAAAAUUACGAGCCACAUAGAUGCUGGGAAGACAUUUUUGACGCCAUUUCUAAUGCCAAGCACUUGAUUUACAUAACUGGCUGGUCUGUGUACACUGAGAUCAAACUGAUGAGGGACUCGAGGAGGCAGAAGAAGCCCGGCUGGGAUUCAACCUUGGGAGAGCUUCUGAAGAAGAAGGCUGAAGAAGGAGUGAGAGUUCUAAUGCUGGUUUGGGAUGAUAGAACCUCUGUCAAACAGCUCAAAAAGGAUGGACUAAUGGCCACACAUGAUGAAGAAACCUCAAGCUAUUUCGAAAAUACUAAAGUCAACUGUAUUCUAUGCCCAAGGAACCCUGAUGAUGCACUCAGCCUUGUUCAGGGCCUGGAGAUUUCCACCAUGUUCACUCACCACCAGAAGAUUGUGGUUGUGGAUUCUGAGAUGCCGAACCCAGGCUCCGAAAAGAGGAGAAUACUGAGCUUUGUGGGUGGAAUUGAUCUCUGUGAUGGGAGAUAUGAUACCCCAUUUCAUUCCCUUUUCAGGACCCUGGAAUCUGCACAUCAUGAUGAUUUUCACCAACCUAAUUUUUCCGGCUCCAGCGUGAAGAAAGGCGGGCCGAGAGAGCCUUGGCAUGACGUCCAUUGCCGGUUGGAAGGACCGAUCGCCUGGGAUGUGCUCUUCAAUUUUGAGCAGAGAUGGAGGAAGCAAGGGAAGCAAGGUCUGCUGCUUCAACUGACAGAUAUGGGGAACAUAAUUAUACCUCCUUCUCCAGUGAUGUUCCCAGAAGACCCAGAAUCAUGGAACGUUCAGCUCUUCAGGUCCAUCGACGGCGGCGCCGCAUCCGACUUCCCGAAAACUCCCGAAGCCGCCGCCAGGGCCGGCCUUGUAAGCGGCAAGGACAACGUCAUUGACCGGAGUAUUCAGGACGCUUACAUCAACGCCAUUCGCCGGGCGAAGAACUUCAUUUACAUUGAGAACCAGUACUUCCUUGGGAGCUGUUUCGGAUGGAACUCCGGCGACGUCAAGGACGAAGACGUGGGCGCUCUGCAUCUUGUUCCCAAAGAACUGUCGCUGAAGAUCAUUAGCAAGAUCGAAGCCGGGGAACGGUUCUCCGUCUACGUCGUCGUCCCAAUGUGGCCGGAGGGAAUCCCGGAGAGCGCGUCGGUUCAGGCCAUUCUCGACUGGCAGAAGAGAACAAUGCAGAUGAUGUAUACUGACAUAGCUCAGGCAAUCCGUGCCAAGGGCCUGGAUGCAGAACCCAGAGAUUAUUUAACCUUCUUCUGCCUCGGCAACAGGGAGACGAAGAAGCCCGACGAAUAUGAACCUUCUGAGACGCCGGAAAAAGACACCGAUUACAGCCGCGCUCAGCAGGCCCGGCGCUUCAUGAUCUACGUCCAUGCCAAAAUGAUGAUCGUUGAUGAUGAAUACAUAAUCAUCGGAUCGGCCAACAUAAACCAGAGGUCAAUGGACGGGGCUAGGGACUCGGAGAUCGCCAUGGGAGGGUACCAGCCACACCACCUGGCCGGCCGGCGGCCGGCCAGGGGACAGAUUCACGGCUUCCGGAUGGCAUUGUGGUACGAGCAUUUAGGCAUGCUGGACGAAUCCUUCGUCCGGCCGGAGAGUUUGGAUUGUAUCCAGAAGGUGAACCGGAUUGCAGAGGAGUACUGGGAGAUAUACUCCCGCGAGAGGCUGGAUCAUGACUUGGGCGGUCACCUGCUCUGUUACCCCAUUAGAGUCACGCCGGAGGGGAUGGUCACUGAGCUGCCCAACACAGAGCACUUCCCGGACACUAAAGCUCCGGUGCUCGGAGCUAAAGCUGACUUCCUUCCGCCUAUUCUUACAACUUGAUGUCCUUCCUUUCACAUUAAUGGCAUGUGCUUUGUGGGUCGUCAAAUUAUCCCCUCGUGUUCAAACCCGGUAUAGGUUUUUGUAUGUUUGGUUGAAUGAAGGGAACGAUUUGUAAAAUAUCGGGUAUGCAUGCUUAAUAACGGGCUAUUGCCUAUUGGACAUGGGAGAGUUUGUUAUGAUUUGUCAAUUAAUUGGAUCAUGUUAUAUAUGUCUUUUUCACCCAUAAUAUAAUCAAAUAAAGGACCGAACUAGGGGCAACUGGGUUGCUUGCAA